ACCAAAAUGUCUGUUGUCCGUUGAGACUGGUUAGCGUUUUUGAGGGUGUUUUCAAUUCAUAUCCAGUUAAAUUUUAGCACUACUCACAUAAUUUUGAUAAAAUGUUAUCUUCCUGAUAUAUAUCAAACGUAUUUCGCUUUGGCAAAGCGUUCUCUGCGUUUUGAUUCAUCAUAAUUACAAUUUGAGGAUUGUCGUUAAAGUUUAAGGAAGAAACGGAGUAAUGGCAUCAUUUAGAAUUCAUGAAGAUCAAGAAAACACCGCGUUAGGCUUACGAAAAGAUGCUGAUGUAUUUUCGGCUGCUUCUCAACGGCGUGCCCUUGGAGACCUAAGCCAGUUUGCUUGUAACCAAAAUCGCAAUACAAAGCAUGCCGGAAUGACGAAUGGACCUUGCAAAGUUCAAGAUGAGAACCGAACAGUACGUCAGAUUAAAAAUGAAAAAAAUAUCGUACCUCCCGUAGCCCAGUUUCGCGCCUUUAGUGUGUAUGAAGAUAAACCGACAGAAGUCAAGGUGAAAAAGAGAGAACCAACGUUUAAGCCAUUUGUUGCAAAGGAAAUAAGGAAAGAUAACUUUUUCAUCAAUGCUGCAGAGAAUGUCAGAGCUCUUUGUGCUCAAGUGGAAAAAGCUAAGCAACAAGAACCGGCCAAAGCACCGCCACUCAGACUUCCACUGCAAGAGAAGAAAGAUAAAGAUGUCAUUGAAUCACCCAUGUCAGUUGUGGAUACAAGCAUUCUUUCUAUGUCAAUUUCAAAGAAUGCAAGUGAUAUUCUUGAAGAUAAUGACGAAGAGGAUACAACUACAGCUCAGACUGAUCGUGAGAUGUUCUUCCAUGUUGUAGAGUAUCGGCAAGAUAUAUAUGACUAUAUGAAGGAGAUUGAGGUUAAAAAUAGAGCAAAUCCCCGCUACAUGCGUAAGCAGCCAGACAUAACACAGGUCAUGCGCUCGAUACUUAUUGAUUGGAUAGUGGAAGUUUGUGAUGAGUACGGACAACAGAGUGAGACUUUACACCUUGCCGUGUCGUAUAUUGAUCGCUUCUUAUCAUACAUGAGUGUAGUCCGCACCAAACUGCAACUAGUUGGCACUGCUGCUACAUACAUUGCUGCGAAAUAUGAAGAAGUGUAUCCCCCAGAAGUAUCAGAGUUUGUCUACAUCACGGAUGAUACUUACACAAAGCGCGAGGUCCUUCGUAUGGAACAUCUCAUUUUAAAAGUGCUGUCAUUUGAUCUCUCAACUCCUACAUCUCUUGCAUUCCUCUCACAUUACUGCAUUUCAAAUGGAAUCUCAAAGAAAAUAUUUCACUUAGCUGCUUACAUUGCGGAGCUGUCACUGUUGGAAUCGGAACCGUACUUGCAGUUCAAACCCUCCGUCAUAGCGGCCAGCGCGCUCGCCACCGCGCGCCACACGCUGCUGUGCGAGCGCAGCGCCUGCCACGCCUCCGCACACGCCUCCGCACACGCCUCCUGCGCCAACACCGCGUGGCCGGCGGCACUAGUGCAGAGCUCGGGCUACGGAUGGAGUGAGCUGGAGCCCUGCCUGCGCGAGCUGGCGCGCACACACUCACACGCGUCGCGACAGCCCUAUCAGGCCAUCCCAGACAAAUAUAAGAACAACAAAUUCGAUGGUGUAUCAACAAUAGAGCCCAAGCCGAUGUUCGCGGUGUCGAAGUACCAGCAGCCCGCCGCCGCCACGCGGGCGCCGCCCGACGCCGCGCGCGCCAGCUAGUGCGCCUCCAAUGCCCCCAGUGCCCCCCAGGGGCGCCCCCACCACUCGGACGCUUCGCCUGUUACACGGAUAUACAUCGCUCACAGUUUAACUUAUACGGAAAAUUAUAAUCUUUGUAAGAAUUGAGUGAUAAAAAUUAAUUGAUAUAAUGAUGUCCCUAGUUCUUGUUUUUUUAGACUAAUAGUUACAUGAGACAGCUGUGUCAUCCAGGUAAAGAAAUGUCGGUUAUAUUUUUUUAAAUCAUGCAGUAAGUUUUAGUAUCCUGCCAGAAACAAUGAUGAAGUUGAAAAAGUCUUCAUUACCCAUUUGAAGAUAGUUUGUUGAAGAAAAUGUAUGAAAAGACAAUGGUUGAAGACUAAGCAUUUAUUUUCAUGUGAUGUAUUUAACGAAUGUAACAGUAAUAUGUAUCUAGUGAUAGUGAUCAGGGUUAUAAUUUUAAAAAAAGUUUUUGCGUCGAAACUCUCUUCAAGCCAUCUGUAAUGAAUGUCAAAUAGUCAUAGUUGCUAGUAUAGAAUGUCAAGUAAACAUUAUUUUAACAUUAACUAAAAAUAAUUUUAUUACAGUCUUCAUGUUGCAUGUACUUUAAAGAUUACAUUUUUUUUUUUGUUAAUUAAAUGACGUAAAAAAGUCAGUGUAAUUUGUUGAUGUCCAAGGAAAUUCAAAGAUUGGGGAAUAUAUUAUUAAUAUCACAAACGAAACUAAAAUUAGCAAAAUUUUUACAUAGAAAUUUAUUUUCACCAUUACUGUGUUCAUUUCAUUUACAUCUACCGCUUUUGUCACACUGAUUCUCACGACUGCGAAAUGUUCAAACUUCGCUAUUCCUAGAACGAUAAGUAGAUAGUAUUGUGAUUGUAUCGUGGACCAAUUUUUUUAUAAAAAUUAAAGUAAUUCUACUGUAUGUUAGUUUUAAAAUAUCUUUGUCAACUUUCAAUGAUUUACAAAUUAUAGUUUUUUAUAAUGUGAUGGAUGAACGGUAUCGCACUUGGCGUUAAAAGAUUUAUUGUAAUGUAUUUGAAUUGUAAACGACUUAGUGAUUAUUUAAAUACCAAUUCUUAGCACUUAUUUUCAUGUUUGUUAGUAAAUUAUUAUUUUUGAGAUAUAAGGUAUGUUUUUAAUGUU